AUGACUGAGCACAAGCAGGAUAAGGAUUUUGAGUGGAAGAGACUGAAGUUGAUUUCAGUUUCAUUCAAAGAGGCUUCUUUGGAUACACCAUCAUUUAGGGCACAUGUUAAUCAUUUCCAAACGAAGGUCGAGUCGCUAGAGGAUUGGAUCGAAAAGACUGUUGGAUUUACUGAAAGCCAUUACGAUGUGUCUCUAGAUGACUUCCAGAGGACUCAAAGUACAUUUCUUAGCCAAUUGCUACCGUCACCCAUAGUGUUAAGCAAUGGAUUCGUCGAUAACCAGUUGUACACACCAUGGCUGGUGGAGAGUUUCAACAAAGAAUAUGCUGAAUUCAAUACAACACUUUUGGGCAUCCUUUCUGGUCAGGAUUCAGGAUAUCCCAAUGUAUUGCUCGAACUAAUGACCAAAAGUAUUGAACCUUACAAGAGUAAAAGGGCUAACUUUGAGUACUAUCAGAAUAAACAUGAUAAUAUGUUAAAUCAACAACAAGCAGUGGAUAUUAAUAAUGCAAGUAUUACUCCCGCCAGCAUACGUGAAGAUGCAUUUCAGCUGUAUGAGGUAAGGCAGAGCUAUCUGGACGCAUCCUUAGAAUUAGUAGUUGCUAUCUCGUCGAUGAAAUUAGGGGUCGAUAAAUGUGUCAUGGAAAUCAUUGGUCUUACUCAACUGAAAAACACUUUCACCUUCCAACACACCGGUAAAAAGGUUGAUCUAACUCCACUUUUGAAUGAGAAAUUCUCAUCUUAUUCGGAAUGGGUAGAAAAUUCUAUUGAAGCUGCUCAUUCUUUACAAAAUGAGAUAGAAAAUGCUAAGCGCCAGGUUUUGCAGUUCGCAGCUCAAAAAUUCGUUCCUUCUCGUGAAUUGGACGACUAUGACUUUAAGAUAAUCAAUCCAAAUAGUUUAAUUAAUGAUAAUCCUGAAUAUGGAAAACAAUCUCCUGAAAAAUGUGGCUGGUUAUACAUGAAAACUUCAUUGAGUUCCCCCCAGAGGACAAUUUGGGUUAGAAGAUGGUGUUUCUUGAAAAAUUCAGUAUUUGGUAUCUUUUUACUUUCGCUGUCCAAGACUUAUGUGGAGGAAACUGAUAAGUUUGGUGUCUUUUUAACAAACGUUAAGUAUGAACCAGAUGAGGAUCGUAAGUACUGUUUUGAACUUAAGAUCGUUGGCGGUAAAGGUCAGGAGAAAGAGGAUGAUGCUUCAAAAGACAUUAAAAUAACAUUUCAAGCUGAAAGUCUCGAAGAUCUGAAAUCUUGGAUUAAUACCUUUUCCCAUGCAAAGAGUUACGCAUCAAAAUUAGAUCCUAACAGUACGGAAUAUGAUAUGGCAUUCAAGAGGUUCCCACCAGAAUUUUUUGAAUUUGCAUCUAGCACUACUACUUCAAUGGAUCAAACAUUAGUUUCAUUUAGUGAACGUACAAAACCCCUAGUCAACCUUUUAGAUGAAAAUCUUUCUGUGAACGACACUUCUCUUUCACCAGAAGGUAAGUUGUGUCACCUUUCCAUGGCUGUAACUCCCCUGGCUACCAAGAUGACAUCAGUGGCGAUUUUAGCCAAUUUCUAUCGUAGGGAAAACUGGGUACCUAAUGCUGUUGUUGCUAAUAUUUGGGGAUCUACGGAUUGGAGUGAUUAUGCCAUAUCUGAUGAAGACUUGAAACCAUUGACAAAGAUGAAAAAUACUAGAUUUGAAACCAAUAUGCAUCAAAAUCCGUCACCCACGACUGACUACCCAAGUUUCUACCCUUCAGAAAUGAAAGUUAAUGAUAUCCAAUUCAAGAGUUUAUUUUUCACCAUUGAUCAUAGAUUAGGCAAAUUUCCUGAUGAGUUAUUGUUAUUCAAUUUCAGUACCUUCUGGUGCCCGAACAAAAGGCAGAAGUUCUCCUCUACAUGCUAUGUGACUGCCAACAGUUUAUUUUGUUAUAUGAAUUCAAUGGGAUUCAUCAGUCUUGCCCACCUGAACUUGAAAGAUUUCGUCUCUGUUGAGGAAGGUAGGAGUUCGAGCAAUAUGAUUAAAAUUUACAAUACGGAAGGAUUGCAAUUGAGAAUAUACGUGUAUUUCAAAAACCGUAAAAUGAUAAUAGAAAAAUUACAAUAUCUUUUGGAAAACAAGACUCGUGUUCAGCCCAGAAGUGAGGAAGAAAUCUUCAAGAGGUUUGAACAAAUCGACCAAAAAUACGAAAGCAUGGCAGGAGAGAAAGAGGUCGAUGCCGUUGGGAAUCAACAUGCUUCUCAACCACUUGUCCAUAGCAAACCUGACGGAAUGAUGAACAUGUUUUGGUCAAUGGGUGCUCCUGCCCUUGAAUGUUUUACCAGAUCGAAAGAAUUGCAAAGGGCAAGCACCAUAAAUUACCACCAUACUUAUGACGCUUCACCCAAGACCUUGAUGCAUAUUUUAUUUGGUGACCAAUCUACGGUAUUCCCACGUUCAUUCUUCUUAGCCGAUAGAUAUGACCCUUAUAAUCACACUUCGGAAUGGAGAGAACAGAGAACUCCUGAGGGCAACCUGCAACUUUUCAGAGAAAUUCAAUUUGGUCUCAAUAUAACUGACCGUUAUUUGGGCGAUACUAGCUAUGAUGAAAGAGCAAAAGGUACUCAAACAAUGAUUAGACAAAAGCUCAUUAGGAUGACGGAAGGCAAGUUCUAUGAAGUGCAUCAGGAUUCUUUUGUUGUACAAGUAGUCUUUUGCCAUCCUUUGCGUGUUACAACAAAAUAUGUAAUCAUGCAACCUCAUGAAUCCGAUGAUCAAACAGACGGUGAUUCAUCUCCCAGUGCACUGUUCCACGUUUAUUAUAAUGUGGAGUUCAUAAACGGCAAGACUGGAAAAAUUAUUAAAAACCUUUCCUUCGUCGAAAAAACCGUAUUGAAGUGGGCGGUUAAAUUCACUCAGAUGGAAUACAUCUAUCUCAAAAGAACCAUUAGAUAUUAUUUGGAAAAAAUUGGUACUCAUGGUAAAUUAGUGAAAGCUGUUAAAUUAUGUGGUAAGAUUGGUGUCGUACUUCCUCAAAAUGAUCCUUCUCAAAAUGAUCCUAAUCAGAAUGACCCUAAUCAGAAUGACCCUAAUUUGGAAAAAGAAUACACAGAGGAGGAACGUGAAAUUGCCGAUAUAAUAGUCUACAAUUUUUCCCUCAUCCUCAGAAUCAUUAUCAAGGGAUUCUUUUACCGCGUAGUUAAUUUUACAUUUGUGGCUCUAAGAACAAUUGUUGGAUUCAUCUUUGUUGUGGGAUCAGGUCUCGCCCAUAUUAACAAAACUUUGGUGAUAUCACUGGCACUUUCCAUCGGAUUGAAUAUCCUUUUGUUCGGUAGAUCCACUGUUACUUACUGGUUGGUAAGAAGAGCUGAGAACACCUUCCGCGAAUUGACUGAGAGUAAGCAUGAGAACGUCAUGCAAAGAGCCGUUUUCAUCAAAGAUCUUGAUCUCUUGACAACGGAGUUGUCAUACGAAAGUGAGAACCUGGCAUUUAACAAAUUUAGGGAAUUGAAUACCGAAGAUAAUUACAUCUUCAGAGAUACCAGAAAACAGGUAGCAUUCCGUAGAAACGAACUGCUGGUAGAGUUAAAGAUUUUACAGAGCAUGGAGAAGGAGUUGGUACAGGGUAACUAUAGAAAAUUUCUACUAUCUGAGCAGAGCCAAUGCGAUACGGUUAAAAGUGAUAUGGAGGACGUCUGGAAUAACUCUACGGAACUAAGAAACUAUUGCGAAAGUUGUGAUCAUGAAUUAAAGAGACUGACAUCUCUACUACUUUGA